AUGCGCACGGCGACCGACUCGUGGAGGCGGCUGAACCCGGAGUACCAUUGGCGAUACGUGAACGACACAGAGCAGCGCGCGCAGGUGCAUCGGCUCGGCUCUCGUAUGCUCGUCCAAGCGUAUGACUCGGCGCUCACCGGAGCGGCAAGGUGCGACUUGUGGCGCGCACUGAUCAUCUACAAGCACGGCGGCGUCUACGCCGACGUGGACACCACACUCCUGACGCCGCUCAGCAAGCUCAUCAGGGACGAUGACGAGGGGCUCUCCGGCAUCGGUCAAAGGGGCGACCUACACCAGUGGUUUCUGGCGUGCGCUCCCGGCCACCCGCUCCUGGCGCACCUGCUGAGGCACGCCAUGCACCAGUCGUCCCUGCUGAGUCCUGAGAACAUCGCGGGCCCGCGCGCGCUGCACCACGUCCACUCUCUCUUCGAACACUCGUGCCUCUACGGAUGA